CGCCGCGGCUCUCUCUCAUCUCCCUCCACCGCCACCUCCUUUUCGCCCUCAAAACUCGCCCCAAAUUACGAAACCGCACCAGAUCGCGCGCGCCGGGGGGAGCCACCAUGAGCGGCGGGACAGCGACGACGUCGUUUCGGACCAUCCUCGAGAAGCCGCUCAACCAGCUCACCGAGGACGACAUUUCUCAGCUCACCCGCGAAGACUGCCGCAACUACCUCAAGGAAAAAGGAAUGCGGCGGCCGUCGUGGAACAAAUCGCAGGCGAUCCAGCAGGUGAUCUCACUCAAGGCGCUGCUCGAGCCCAACGACGACUCCGGCGCCGGAGUUCUCAGAAAGAUUGUAGGUCCGCCGCACGCCGCCGCGCCUCGGCCGGCUUCAAAUUCGACUGAUUCAGCUAAGGAGGCCAGUGCUGAAGCCCCCGGCACUAAGUCGGCUGAAGAACCGGCGCCGGGGCCGGAGAAAGAGCCGCUGAAACCGGUUCGGCAGGACCGGCCGGCUGAACCGGCUGCUGUAAAAGUCACCAGUCCUGCUGAGCCUGCUGUAAAAGCCAUUGCUCCCAGCAAAAAUCAGUGUGCAACCAAAGCAUCAGUGAGUCAAAUGACAAUUUUCUACUGUGGCAAGGUGAAUGUGUAUGAUGGAGUGCUACCAGAUAAGGCACAAAAAAUCAUGCAUCUUGCAGCAAGGCCAAAUCAUUUGCCUCUGGACAGUCAAUAUAGUGGAACUGCAGCAGCUAGCUCCUUGCGAUGCCAAUUUCAGAUUGCAGGUGAUAAAGAUGGCCCUUUCCCACCUAACGCCACAAUCCCUCAGGCUAUGCAAACAGAUGGGAUUGCUGACUACACUCAGCUGUACUGGGAUAAAGGUAACAACGCUCGUGAUCCUGAUGGUCAGGCAAGUAGAAAAGUCUUGUUGCAGAGAUACCGUGAAAAGCGAAAAGACAGGGAUCGAGUAAAGAUUAAGAAAAAUAUGGGACCAACUUCUAGCUUGGAGGUUUGUUUCAAUCAUCCACUCGGGAGACAUACCUCAAAUGGUAAUUCAAGUAGGAGUAGCACAGGCUCUCCACCCCAGCAACCUGGGUUGCUUCAAAUAGCUGACAAUCAGACAAAGUUUCGCUGUCUUCCUGUUGACCUAAAUGAAAAUGAUAUCCUGGAAUGCUGAACGUGACACUCUAUAAGGUCACAAAGAGUUAAGACUUGCGUACCUGAAACACCUGAUAGGAAGGAAGAGAAGAACUUAAUUUAAUUGCCUCCAAGAGACCCACUUUGUGUUUGAGCUACUCAGGACCAUGAAUAUUUCUCACUGACUUUUGCUUUCAGGAGGAGAGUUCUCCUUUUGAACUGGUAUGACUGAUCAGUUUUGUAAAUUGUAGGAUCAUCUUUUCAUCCUUUUCAACUUCUUAUGUAUGAAGUCUAUGCGGUACCAAACUUGUAUCUGAGAGAGUUUAUUGUACAUGUUGAAGGAAAGUGUCUCUCAACGUUUUGUAGCUACGGAUCAAUGUGUCAUGUAAUCUAUUCUGUUGUGUAUUUGUGGCCAAUGAUAGUUGGCAAAAAUGUGAUGCAACUUGUUCAGUUGGUGUAGCUAUCAGAAUUGUAAUGUUUUCCGAAGGUCUCUGCAACUGUUAGAAACUUAGAAUUGUUCAAUGGUUUACGGUUGCCCUUCACAACCACUUUAGA